CCUUUUAUUAUCAGAUAUUGAUUGAUCGGGUGCCGUUCGGGGUUAGACGUGGAGAUGAAACGCUCAGGAAUAUGAAAGUUGGUGAUUUUUCAUCAAGAAGCUCCGAAUCACUGUGAAAGAUGUUCAAUAAAUCAUUUGGAACCCCCUUCGGGGGUGGCACCGGAGGCUUCGGGACAACGUCAACGUUUGGUCAGAAUGCUGGCUUUGGAACCACGAGUGGAGGGGCAUUUGGGACAUCUGCUUUUGGUUCCAACAACAAUACUGGAGGCCUCUUUGGGAACACACAGACCAAGCCAGGAGGACUCUUUGGUUCGAACACAUUCAGCCAGCCGGCCACCUCCUCCACGAGUACCGGCUUUGGGUUCGGAACAUCAACCGGGACGUCAAACAGUUUGUUUGGGGCCGCCAGUACUGGAGCGAGCCUCUUUUCCUCUCAGAAUAAUGCCUUUGCCCAGAACAAGCCUGCCGGCUUUGGAAAUUUUGGAACGAGCACUAGCAGCGGAGGUCUCUUUGGAACCACAAAUACUACAUCCAACCCUUUUGGUGGGACUUCUGGCUCACUCUUUGGGCCAAGUAGUUUUACAGCCGCUCCAACUGGGACGACCAUUAAAUUUAACGCUCCAACUGGCACCGAUUCUAUGGUAAAGGCUGGAGUUAGCACUAAUAUCAGUACUAAACAUCAGUGUAUCACUGCUAUGAAAGAAUAUGAAAGCAAGUCCCUAGAGGAACUUCGCCUGGAGGAUUAUCAGGCCAACAGGAAAGGUCCUCAGACCCAAGUGGGAGCAGGUACCACAGCAGGACUGUUUGGCUCUUCCACGGCCACAUCCAGUGCCACGGGCCUUUUUGGCUCUUCCACCACCAACACCGGCUUUGCGUAUGGACAGAAUAAAACUGCCUUUGGAACUAGCACAACUGGAUUUGGAACCAAUACAGGUAGCCUCUUUGGCCAGCAGACUCAGCAAACUACCAGCCUGUUCAGCAAGCCAUUUGGUCAGGCCACAACCACCCAGAACACCGGCUUCUCCUUUGGGAAUGCCAGCACUCUAGGACAGCCAAAUACCAACACAAUGGGUUUAUUCGGUGGGACGCAGGCCACGCAGUCUGGAGGUCUUUUUGGGACGGCUACCAACACCAGUGCUGCUACGGGAUUUGGAACGGGAACGGGCCUCUUCGGACAAACCAACACAGGAUUUGGCACUGUGGGUUCGACGCUGUUCGGUAGUAACAAGCCUGCUGCAUUUGGAACGACAACCACCAGCGCUCCCUCCUUUGGCUCCACGAGCGGCGGGCUCUUUGGUUUUGGUGCAAGCGCUAGUGGGAAUAGUAUAUUUGGAAGUAAGCCAGCAGCUGGGACUCUGGGAACUGGACUUGGAACAGGAUUUGGAACAGCUCUUGGUGCCGGACAGGCGUCUCUAUUUGGAAACAGUCAGCCUAAGAUCGGGGGAACCUUGGGAACGGGAGCUUUUGGGGCCCCCGGAUUCAACACUUCAACGGCUACCUUGGGCUUUGGAGCCCCCCAGGCCCCUGUAGCUUUGACAGAUCCAAACGCAUCUGCUGCCCAGCAGGCUGUUCUCCAGCAGCAUAUCAACAGUUUGACCUAUUCCCCGUUUGGAGAUUCUCCUCUCUUCCGAAAUCCCAUGUCCGAUCCCAAGAAGAAAGAAGAGAGAUUGAAGCCAACGAAUCCGGCAGCGCAGAAGGCCCUGACCACCCCUACGCAUUACAAACUGACCCCCCGUCCGGCCACCAGAGUGCGUCCCAAGGCUCUGCAGACAACAGGGUCGGCGAAGUCUCACCUCUUCGACGGCCUGGACGACGACGAGCCCUCUCUGGCCAACGGCGCCUUCAUGCCAAAGAAGAGCAUCAAGAAGCUGGUUUUGAAGAACCUCAACAGCAGUAAUCUGUUUUCUCCUGUUAGUCGGGAUGCGGAAGACCUGGCUUCUCCAUCCGAAUAUCCAGAGAAUGGGGAGAGAUUCAGUUUUCUCUCCAAAUCCGCCGAUGAGAAUCAUCAACCCGAUGGGGAAGACGACUCCCUGGUAACUCAGUUCUACAACAAUCCGAUCACGAAGCCCAUCCCACAGACCCCGGAGAGCAUGGGAAGCAAGCCCCACAACAGCAUGAACGACACCAUUGUGGCCCUGAACAUGCGGAACGCCCUGCGCAACGGGCUGGAAGGGAGUAGCGAGGAGGCCUCUUUCCAGGAUGAGUCUCUGCAGGAUGAGCGAGAUGAGGACGGAGAGCCCACGUAUCAUUUACACCCAGCAGGCAUUAUUCUCACUCGAAUUGGCUACUAUACCAUCCCCUCCAUGGACGACCUAGCCAAAGUUACCAAUGAGAGAGGGGAGUGCAUUGUGUCUGACUUCACCAUAGGACGCAAGGGUUACGGCUCAAUCUAUUUUGAAGGAAGCGUGAACCUAACUAAUCUCAACCUGGAUGAUAUUGUUCAUAUCCGAAGGAAAGAGGUCAUUGUUUAUCUGGAUGAUGAGCUCAAGCCGCCCGUGGGUGAAGGGUUAAAUAGGCGGGCCGAGGUUACCUUGGAUGGAGUUUGGCCGACAGACAAAACAUCUCGUUGCUUAAUAAAGAGUCCAGAUCGGCUGGCCGACAUCAACUAUGAAGGGAGACUGGAGUCGGUUUCCCGGAAACAGGGAGCCCAGUUCAAGGAGUACCGACCCGAGACCGGUUCGUGGGUGUUUAAGGUUUCCCAUUUUUCUAAGUACGGCCUUCAGGAUUCUGAUGAAGACGAGGAGGAUCAGCCAUCCAAAACGGAGACUAAGAAACUGAAAACGGCACCUCUUCCUCCCCCUGGCCAAACGGGGCCCCUGCAGAUGGCUCUAAAUGGCAAGGCAGCCCCUCCGUCUCAGAGCCAGAGCCCAGUCGUGGAACAGCUAGGGAAGGUGGUGGAGUUGGACAGCGAUAUGAUAGAUAUCACCCAGGAGCCAACUCUGGAUUCCAUGUUCGACGAAAUCGUUCCCGAGGAGCAGGAGCCUGUAUCGGCUUCAAGCCACAUUGCGUCUUCCCUGGGCGUGAACCCUCACGUCCUACAGAUCAUGAAAGCGUCCUUGCUUGCUGAUGAAGAAGAUGUGGACUUGGUACUGGACCAGCGCUUUGGCAGAUUUCCAUCAAAAAUGGAUACAUCUCAAGAGAUCUGCUCUCCCAGACUCCCCAUUUCAGCAUCACACACCCCGAAGGCCCGGUCGUUAGUUGGUGGCUUGCUCCAGUCUAAGUUUUCAAACACACCUUUCCUCCCCACAAGUGCCUCUGUGCAAGAAUGUCGGAACCCCAGAACGUCCUCGUUGGGGAGUCUGCCUUGUGCCUCCCCGUGGAGCAUCCCCGCUCCUCUGGCUUCCGUGUUUACGGUGCCCUCCCCUGCCCCGGAGGUCCAGCUGAAAACAGUGGGGGCACGUCGCCAGCCCGGCCUGGUGCCCCUCGACAAAUCCAUCACCUUCGGCAAGGGGAAGCUCUUGAUGGACAUGGCUCUCUUCAUGGGCCGCUCGUUUCGGGUGGGCUGGGGCCCCAACUGGACCCUUGUCAAUAGUGGCGAUCAGCUGAGUGGGUCCGGAGAAUCUGAGGAGCUUCCGAACGUCCAGGCUCUGGAAUACGGAUUUCUGCCUAACCCGGUAGCAGCCAAAUCACUCUCAGAAUCAUCAUUCAAAGUGCACGUGGAGAAGCUGAGUUUGAAGCAAAGGAAAAUGGACGGAGACCCGCAGCUGUACCAGGCACCACUGGAGAUCAAGCUCAAGCACAGCACCGUCCAUAUUGACGAACCGUGUCCGCUCAUCACCCCCAACCCCGGCGUGGCGGCCAUUCACGACUACGCAGACUGGCUGAGAGAGCUGUCGGGAGAAGCCACUGCUGAGCUGGAGCCCGUGGUGAAGCACUGGGGCCUGACCUGGACGCUGUGUGAAGCCAUCUGGGGGCACCUGAAGGAGCUAGAGAGCCGGCUGGAAGCGCCCAGCGAAUACACCAAGGGCCUGGAACGCCGCAGGGCCUUCUCUCGCUGGCUGUCGCAGACGGCAGCCGAGCACAUCGAAGAAGAGGUUGCCCUGUCCCGGCAGGACCAUCCCAUCGAGGCCGUGUUCAGCUACCUCACUGGCAAGAAGAUCAGCAAGGCCUGUCGACUCGCCCAGCAGGCAGGUGACCACCGCCUCGCCCUUCUCCUGUCCCAGCUUGUGGGCAGCCAGCAAGUCCGCGAGCUACUCACCAUGCAGCUGGUGGACUGGCACCGGCUCCAGGCAGAUUCCUUCAUCCAGGAGGAGAGACUGCGCAUCUUUGCUCUGUUGGCUGGGAAACCGGUAUGGCAGCUCUCGGAGAAGAAAAGCAUCAACGUCUGCUCUCAGCUGGAUUGGAAGCGCUCCGUAGCUAUCCACCUCUGGUACCUGCUACCCCCAACGGCAUCUAUUUCCACAGCUCUUGGCAUGUAUGAGGAAGCGUUUCAGAACACUUCAGAGAAUGAAAGAUAUGCGUGCUGUCCCCUGCCUCCGUAUGUAGAGGACUCUGGCUGUGGAUUCGAAGAGGAUAACACCAAGCGACCCCUAAGGGAUGUUUGCUUUCACCUUUUGAAACUCUACAGUGAUAGACAUUACGAUCUCAAUCAGCUGCUGGACCCCCAGAGCAUCACCUCCGACCCCUUGGACUACCGCCUGAGCUGGCACCUGUGGGAAGUGCUGCGUGCCCUGAAUUACACCCACCUCUCGCAGCAAAGCGAGGGAGUGCUCCACGCCAGCUACGCCGCCCAGCUGGAGAGCGAGGGCCUCUGGGAAUGGGCCAUCUUCAUCCUGCUGCACAUACCCAGCCCUCACAUGCGGGAGAAGGCAGUGCGGGAACUCCUCACCCGGCACUGCAGGCUGUCGGAGACCCCGGGGUCCUGGGCCAGGGAGGCCUUCCUGACUGAGAAGCUGUUUGUGCCAGCGGCCUGGAUUCACGAAGCCAAAGCAGUGCGAGCCCACAUGGAAGGCGAUAAGCACCGGGAAGCCCUCUACCUGUUCAAAGCCGGACACUGGAACCAGUGCCAUAAGCUGGUCAUCAGGCACUUAGCUUCAGAUGCCAUCAUCAACGAGAACUACGACUACCUGAAGGGCUUCCUGGAGGACCUGUCUCCUCCGGAGCGGAAGAACCAGAUUCAAGACUGGGACACGGCCGGGCUGGUGUAUCUGGAUUACAUCCAGGUCAUUGAAAUGCUUAACGGGAUCCAGCAGCUGGACUGCUCGGGCUACGAGCUGGAGCAGCUGCACACCAAGGUGACCUCGCUGUGCAAUCGGAUAGAACAGAUCCAGUGCCAUAACGCCAAGGACCGCUUGGCGCAGUCAGACAUGGCCAAGCGUUUGGCCAACCUGUUGCGAGUGGUGCUGAGCCUCCAGCACGCCCCCGACCCAGCCACGGACGCCCCCCCGGACCUGCAGCGGAUCCCGCUCCGCCUACUGGCCCCGCACAUCGGCAGGCUCCCCAUGCCCGAGGACUAUGCUUUGGAGGAGCUGCGCGGCCUCACGCAGUCUUACCUCCGAGAACUGACAGUGGGGGGCAACCAGUGAGCCCCGGCCCCUGCUCCUCUCCGGGCCCACCCCCUGGCCCCCCGCCACCCUCCACUCAUCCCACCUCCCGCCCUCUUACUCCUCCAGUCCCCCACCCUCCCUUCCUGCAUCCGGACCCCUCUCAGGCUUGGGAGCCCCCGGCCACCCUGCCUUAACUCCACUGGCAGCCGCCUCUGGAGGUGCCGCUCACGGCGUCCCCGGAGAGCGGGGCACCCGGCCCACCAGAACCUCUGGAACUCGGUGAGGGGGACGGGGACCUGAGACUCGAGCUUCUGGUCUGGAAUCCUCAACAAGAUCACAUGCGUGUUUUUGGAUUUUGGUUUUUAUUGGUCAGUAAAAGACGCGAGGCAGAGUUCUCUGGGUCAAGCAACCUGGGGUUUGUGAAUUUCCCGGCUUGGGAACACGGGGCCUGCCCUCCCUCCUGGGACCGUGAGAACCCGGAGAGCCCGUGGGAGGGAGGCAGUCCUGCUCCGGGCAACUUGCCUCGCUCCGGUCAGAGGCGCUGCCUGGGACCCUCUCAUCCUCCCAUUGGAUGUUUUAAUUGAGUUCUGCAUCAGGUGAGAUGACAUGUCACGUGCCUCUCCCAUCUCAGCCCCACCUGGACCCGGAAAUCACUUGGCUGCCAGCCAAGCAGCGACCCAGAGGAGAGUGAGCCCACCCCCGCUCAAAACUGCCCCUCCUCUCAUGAGGUACCGGCCCCCGGGAUCCAUCUGAGAGCGACGGAGUGCCUAGCGACACCCCUGGGCUGGGUCGGGGCCAACCUGCCCGGGAAGGACCUUCCUGAGGUCCCACGGCACCCAAACCUGCCACCUCUGUUUCUCCUCUGGCAUCCUGGGGGAAGAGCACGGAGGGCUCUCGAGGAAGGGGCGGCCCAGGGGCCGGAGCCACUCGCCGGCAGUCCUGUCGAGCAGGAAAUGGGUCCCCUUGGCCCCUGCCUUCCUUCCCUUGGUCACCCGGGGGCUCGGCCGCAGGAACGGAGGUCGCCCACACUGCCCGGAUCUGCCUGCUUGUGGACGUAUGGGACGGGACACCGGGCAGGGUGGGGAGGGGCCCGACUGAAGGGUAACUGACGGUCUUUUGCAUGAGGAUUAUGUAAAAAAAAAUAUAUAUAUAAAUAAAUGAUCUAGAUUAUUUUCCUCUGUCUGUUUUUCUGAAGCUACUUUCUUAAAAAAAAAUAAAACGUUUACAGAA